CAUAAGUCUCCUAUAUAUGCACAUAUCCAUACACACCAGUCCUGAUACUUUGUGCUUUGUGUUCAAGCUGCUAUAACUAUAACACCGAGCUCCCUUCUCCCACGUGCUUCUUCUAAACUGAAGUAUACUAAGUACAUUACAUCUCUUUGUUGGCUCCCUAUUCCCUCGGUAUUACUUAACAGCACGUCGGUGACGGCCAUUGCAUGUGGUUACCCUCCUAGAACGUUUCAUGGUUCUUCGCCCAAUAUCAACAUCAUAGCUACGAACGGAAACACGUUAGAAGGUUAGAGUAUAACCUGGGCGCAAGCCCUAUACUAAUACUACAUAAUGGCGACAAAAGUAGGAGGAAAGGAUGGCAAGACGCCGCCGACUGUAGCAACGAAUUUGAUCGCUGGCGGAGGAGCAGGCAUGAUGGAAGCCCUAGUGUGCCAUCCUCUCGACACAAUAAAAGUACGAAUGCAGCUCUCACGAAGAGCCCGCCAGCCCGGCGCCCCCAAACGCGGGUUCAUCCGCACCGGAGCCGAAAUCGUAAAGCGCGAAACACCACUAGGCCUAUACAAGGGACUAGGCGCGGUUCUGACCGGUAUCGUACCCAAAAUGGCGAUUCGGUUCACGUCUUUCGAGGCCUACAAGCAAAUGCUGGCCGACUCCGACACGCACACGAUCUCCGGGCGCGGGACCUUCGUCGCCGGACUCGCAGCGGGCGUGACGGAAGCCGUAGCAGUCGUCACGCCCAUGGAAGUCAUCAAGAUCCGCCUGCAAGCGCAGCACCACAGCAUGGCGGACCCCCUCGACAUACCCAAGUACCGGAACGCCGCGCACGCGUUAUACACGGUCGUCCGCGAGGAGGGCUUCGGCGCUCUGUACCGGGGCGUGAGUCUGACGGCGCUGCGGCAGGGCAGCAACCAAGCCGUGAAUUUCACGGCGUACACGUACUUCCGGGAGCUGCUGCUGCGGUGGCAGGAUAACAAGGGAGGGAGCGCGGUGACGCUGCCCAGCUGGCAGACUACGCUUAUCGGCCUCGUGAGCGGCGCGAUGGGGCCGCUGAGUAACGCGCCCAUCGACACGAUUAAGACGAGGUUGCAGAAGACGCCGGCGGAGGAGGGGGUCUCGGCGUUUAAGAGGAUUAGUUCCAUUGCGAGGGAUAUGUUUAAGCAAGAGGGCUUUCAUGCGUUUUACAAAGGCAUCACGCCGAGGAUCAUGCGUGUUGCGCCAGGCCAAGCUGUUACGUUUACCGUGUAUGAAUACUUGAAGGACAAGUUGGAGAAGAGCGGGCCGAGUAUGUUGUCGGGGAGGACGUAUGAGGAAUAGAAAGGGAUGAAUGAUUUUAAGGAGCCGGGUUAUGUACUAGCUAUGGCAUUGUGGUAUUGCUGUAACGGGGAUCUUGGGCUGGACAUUUUUGAUUUAAUCACGUUGGUGAUAUAUCAUAUCA